UUAAUUAUCAAAGAAAUAUUUAUUGUUUUUUAUAUUGAAAAAAAAAGAAUUGGAGGAAAAGAAAUUUGAAGAAUCGACAAUUUUUGUGUCCGUUAGGUUAUGCCGGUUUGUCACUUUGUCAUCGGGAAAUAAAUAAACAAAAUACAUAUACGGGCAAGCCCUUUUAAUUAAUACAGAAAUAAAAAUGGACGAAGCUUUAGUGACACCAUGUGCAUUUAAAGUGAAAUUUGCUAAGCAAAUUUAUCGAGUUGAAUUUUCUCCAUACGAAUGGUCUCAACAUGUAAUUUGCAUAGCAUUGGACCAGGAAAUUGUUGUAGGAACAGUAAAAUUUCAGGAAGAUGACGACGUUACAGAAGAUGUUGUUUACACUCCAUUAAGAACAUUUCAUCAUGAAACAAGAGUUCAUGCAAUUGCUUGGAGUCCUGAAACAUCACUUACUCUUGUACCAAAAAUCGUUACAUUUUGCGUAGCCGGUGCUGAUUUUAAAAUUCGACGAUACAAUAGCAAUUUGAGCGAUAAAAAUACUUACGAGGUUUUAGAUGGACACAAGGACUAUGUGAAUGCAAUUUCUUAUGAGCCAGAAGGCGAUUUAUUGGCAUCAGUCUCCGAUGAUCAUACAUGUAAAUUAUGGGCAGUCAAAGAGAAUGAGCAAAAAUGUAUUUCAACAUUUUGUCUCAAUUCACCUGGUGUCAGUGUAUGUUGGCAUAAUGAGGAAUCGGGAAAAUUACUUGUGGCAGAAAAAAAUGGAUUAAUUCGAAUGUUUAAUGUAAGAAGUCAACAGGCAAUAAUGUCACUUGACGCUGGUACUGUUCCACUAUCAUCAGCCGAUUGGGGUCCAAAUCCAUUGAAAGUCAUUUGUUUAGGCGCUGGUGAACUUUUACUUUGGGAUGUUUCGAGACCGAGUCGACCAGUGGAAAGUCGUAAUCUUCACGUUGAAGGUGGAAUAAUGGUGAAAUUUUCAUUUGCAAGUGAAAAUAUUGUUGCAAGUAUUGGUCGUCCUGAUAAUUUAUUGAAAAUCACAAAUUUAAGUACAAAACAAGUGAUACUUUGUGGUAAAAUAAAACUUUUUGGUGGAAUGUCCUGGCAUCAAAGAUUGCCAUAUGUUUGCGUUGGUAACGAUAGAGAAUUACAAUUUUGGAAGAUAAACAAUAAAUAGCAAUUAGAAAUAUUUAAAAGUCCAUUGAGACUUUUAAUAAAAUAGAAAACAAAGAAA